AUGGCAGACGCAGGCCCCUCCGAAAUUCGCGAAGCAGAGAAUAUCGGUAACCGCAACGAGUCGUCUCCUUACGGACAAGGCUUCGGAACGAACCCGGCGUACGGUGGCUUCCAGCAGGAGUCCAAUCACCACUAUGGAAGUGAGUCUAUGGAUGAAUUCGCCGCCGCCCUGAACCAAUUGGCAGAUGAGACGGCCAAUCUCGGGAUGAUUCUGACACAGAACCAGAUCGAAUCAUCUGGCGAGAACGCGCAGCUGCGUCAAGCGGUCUACACUCUCUGCGCAAUCCUAGACGGAACCCGCCCCGCGCUCCAACCAUCUGAGAUUGCAGCUUUCAGCCUGUCAACCAGUUGGACGCGGGCGCCGCGUUCCGGCUCAUCGAUGCGAUCCGUGAGGCAAUGGCGCAGUUUGGAGAACCGCGUACACGCACUGUCGUCCGUCGCUCUGCGUAAGCAUUGCCACAACUGGAUCGGCAUCCUGGAACACGACUUCAUGCCCAGUAAAUCAACUAGGCUGGCAGUUGCCUCAGCGGAGACGUUCGAAUGGGGCCAGAACCGCAUGCCAUCCGAAUAUGUCGUGAAGAAGCUUCGUCUCCUGCAUGGCAGGGCCAAACAGGCCACCGAAUUCUCCUACGCUGAGGAAGCCUCUUACGAGAACUUCUCCUCCUCCUUCACCUCCGCUUUCGUUUACGAUCAUGACUCCUCCUCCUCCUCCGACGGCUCCUCCUCCAACGGCGAGUAA